ACGUCGUGGUAGAAAGUGAGAGCUAAGGUUAUAACUUUAUAUUUGAGUUGGAGCAUAAGGCGCUAAAGGGAAGCCAAAGCUUUAAGAAGAAGAAGAAAGCUAAGGUUAAAGAGUUUUGCGGUGUUCUCUCAAGUUACAUGAAAAUGUCUUUCGUUUCAAGUACCAAAAGCGAAAAGAAACAUAGGAUUUCAAAGAAGUAUGAUCAUACUAUCACUCAAACCAAGAAAAUUACAAGAAAGAAAAGAAAGGAAUCUUACAGUACCUAUAUUUACAGGGUUUUGAAGCAGGUUUUUCCGGAUAUUGGUAUUUCAAGCAAGGCUAUGAUCAUAAUGAAUGAUUUCGUAAAUGAUAUAUUUGAACGUCUGGCUGUCGAAGCAAGUCGCUUGACGAACUACAACAAGCGGAGCACGAUCAGCAGUCGAGAGAUUCAAACGGCCGUAAGACUUCUGCUACCAGGAGAACUUGCCAAAUAUGCCAUCAGUGAAGGCAGAAAAGCAGUGAUAAAGUCACAUCUGCAUGUAGGUCGGAAUUUUUGUACAAACUUUACUUGUUUAACAGGUAUGUUAUAGCCGGUCGGUAAGAAUUACUGACAAUCUGAAUGUUCCUAUACCGUUUUGAUACUUCUGAUUUCCAUUGUUAAGAAGGAUGAUGGAACUGUUAUUAUUGUUAAUAAAAUGCUUGAAUAUUCUUU